AUGUGUACUGUAAAUCAGCGAACAAUACAGAACUUAUAUAUAUCAAAAUGUACAUCACAAAAGAAAUACAAAAGAGAGUAUAUAACUAUUACUACUACUACUACUACUACUACUACUACUACUACUACUACUACUACUACUACUACUACUACUACUACUACUACUACUACUACUACUACUACUACUACUACUACUACUACUACUACUACUACUACUACUACUACUACUACUACUACUACUACUACUACUACUACUACUACUACUACUACUACUACUACUACUACUACUACUACUACUACUACUACUACUACUACUACUACUACUACUACUACUACUACUACUACUACUACUACUACUACUACUACUACUACUACUACUACUACUACUACUACUACUACUACUACUACUACUACUACUACUACUACUACUACUACUACUACUACUACUACUACUACUACUACUACUACUACUACUACUACUACUACUACUACUACUACUACUACUACUACUACUACUACUACUACUACUACUACUACUACUACUACUACUACUACUACUACUACUACUACUACUACUACUACUACUACUACUACUACUACUACUACUACUACUACUACUACUACUACUACUACUACUACUACUACUACUACUACUACUACUACUACUACUACUACUACUACUACUACUACUACUACUACUACUACUACUACUACUACUACUACUACUACUACUACUACUACUACUACUACUACUACUACUACUACUACUACUACUACUACUACUACUACUACUACUACUACUACUACUACUACUACUACUACUACUACUACUACUACUACUACUACUACUACUACUACUACUACUACUACUACUACUACUACUACUACUACUACUACUACUACUACUACUACUACUACUACUACUACUACUACUACUACUACUACUACUACUACUACUACUACUACUACUACUACUACUACUACUACUACUACUACUACUACUACUACUACUACUACUACUACUACUACUACUACUACUACUACUACUACUACUACUACUACUACUACUACUACUACUACUACUACUACUACUACUACUACUACUACUACUACUACUACUACUACUACUACUACUACUACUACUACUACUACUACUACUACUACUACUACUACUACUACUACUACUACUACUACUACUACUACUACUACUACUACUACUACUACUACUACUACUACUACUACUACUACUACUACUACUACUACUACUACUACUACUACUACUACUACUACUACUACUACUACUACUACUACUACUACUACUACUACUACUACUACUACUACUACUACUACUACUACUACUACUACUACUACUACUACUACUACUACUACUACUACUACUACUACUACUACUACUACUACUACUACUACUACUACUACUACUACUACUACUACUACUACUACUACUACUACUACUACUACUACUACUACUACUACUACUACUACUACUACUACUACUACUACUACUACUACUACUACUACUACUACUACUACUACUACUACUACUACUACUACUACUACUACUACUACUACUACUACUACUACUACUACUACUACUACUACUACUACUACUACUACUACUACUACUACUACUACUACUACUACUACUACUACUACUACUACUACUACUACUACUACUACUACUACUACUACUACUACUACUACUACUACUGCAAGACAACUGUGA